UUCUUGCUUUCAGUGGCAGUGGCUUAACCUAAAUCUUAAUAAAUGUUAGUAAACUUCAGUCUGUAUUGUAGACACACAAAUUAUGCCACUUUCUCUGUUCUAUUUUAAGUUCAUCUAAUCAGUUCGUUCAGUAAUCAGUAAUCAGUAAUCACGAAGCGCAGGUCUACAGACUCGACUGGUCAACUUGUCGUGACGUGUUGUUUGCUCCAUAAAGUUGUGUAAAACCCCGGCGAAAUCGUUACAAAACGAAGAUCCAUAAUGAACGGCAAAACACCCAUAUCCGCACUACAAGAACUAAUGGCUGCUAGGGGAGUCCCUCUGCCCAUCUACGUCGAGGAAGGUUCUGGUACUUCUUUUAAAUGUACUGUUCGUGCAGCUGGCGUGACUGCUAUUGGUUAUGGAACCUCCAAAAAGACUGCUAAACACGAAAGCGCUAAAAACGCUCUCAUGAAACUGAAAGAAGAUCAUAAGUCUUCGGAAAUCAUAAUUUUAGAACAAACAUCCUUACCUCGUGUUGAUAAUGUCUUUAGAAAUUACGUCGGCGAUUUGAACGAAUAUGCAGCCAAAUUUGGCGCAAAGUAUCCAAAUUAUGAUUUUAUCACGGUUUCGGUAAACGGCGACUUUUUCUUUAAAUGUUCUUUUUUGGAUAAAGAAAGCAUGGGGAAAGGGAUGAAUAAGAAAGACGCCAAGCAGGAUGCUGCAAGACAAAUGUUGGAAUUGGUUAAGAAAAAUGAACCAGUUUUACUGAGGGUACAUGAAAAAACAACAAUUACAUUAAACAAUGCUGGAGAUAUUAUACAAAAGUAUAAUCGACUCACAUUAAAUGAAACAAAGGUUACUUUGUCAAAAACGAGUCAGAUUCUUGAACCCACUCCUGGCAUCACUUUGGCCGACGAAGAAACUAUUGAGAGUCUUCAAAAUAAACUAAGAUUACACAACAUUUGCUACACAUUAAAGCAAUUCCAAAAGGAACCUUGUAUUAUGUAUGUUCAAAUUAACGAUACCGAUUUGUAUUUUAUGCAUGUGGGUAAAAACCGGGAAGAAGCGACAAGAAAUGUUCUUCAGGAAGUACUAAAUAUUAAGAAAAGUGGGUGUUCUCUUACUACGAAUGACCUUCUGAGAUUUAAUUAAUUAACGCGUUGAAAAGAUAAAGACAGAGUUAAAAUAAAAUAUAAGUUGCCAUUUUUAGCAUGGAGGAAUAAAUUGUCUAUUUAAUCCUCCAUGAUUUUUAGCUAGAUACAGUAUUUAUUUAUUGAAUUAUUAGGUAUUCGUUUAGAUUAAAGUCUGUCUAUAUUUGCUUGAAUUUUCUAGUGCAAUAGAGGUUUUUAGCGAUAAAGAAACCCCAACCCCUCAAUUGUAAAGGUUUGUUUCCUCUGAGGUUGUUUCAACGACCAGCUGGUCGCUUUAAUAACAAUAGCUUUACAACCACCUUAAAUAAAUCUCUCAUAAAUAAGUUUGGUAAGUCAAAACUAUCAAAUUUAAGCAAAUAUAGACGAAUUUUAAGAAAAUAAUUUUUUAGGAUACUGAAUUGGUAACUAGCGUUUACAUAGUUAGUUACGAGUCCGGAAUACAGGCUGGGCCAGAACUCGCGCCCCAAAAAUUUCAAGUAAGAUAAGAUACCAAGACAUGGAAAAAAUGUUUAAAAAAAUGUUUCUGUCAAAAAAUUUUGACAUUUAUUUUUUGACAUUUGACAUUUUUUU